AUGGCCGCGUUUGAUGCUGACUUUGCACAAGCCCUUGAGACCCAGAUAACUCCAGAUGCCCAACAGGGUAUGAGCCCAAAUACUGCUAGCGCACGUGAAGAUCUGCGAAUGGGCGAGCUGGGAAGUUCUCAGAGGUCGGGCGUUGGUGAGACAUCGUUGGCACUGAGGGCAAUGGCGGUGGCAUCUCCUGGUCACCAGAUGGAGCAGUCCUGGGGGCAGCGAACCCCGGAACAGCGGCAAGGAGCCGAGAUGGUGAUGCCGGCUGUAGGGGAGGACGGGCCUGUGGUUGGGCAAGGAGCUCAAGCCUUGGUGAUGGGCGCUGUGAGAACUGGUGAUGCGAACAUGUCAGAAGCUGCAGCUUGGAGUAUGGAGGCCUUUGGAACGCGAAGGAACUUGCCAACGUGGGUGCAGCGGAUUGGGACGUUUUUCCAGGAGAUGAGGUCGCAGCAGGCGGCGGGACCUUUGUGGCCACCGUCGCCGUUUCCGAGCAGCUUCAAGACAUGGAAGGGAGGGCUCCGUUGCUUUAUGGAGGUGGAGCUGGAGGGUCGUCACGUUCUGGAGAAGGAAGCUCUGGAGAAAGCACAAGGGAGGCCGUGGAGGCAGAGGUGCGGUGCAAAGGUUGAGGGCGGCUUCGGUGUCGGGCCCAGCAGAAGCAUCCUUGAGUAUGCCUCCGGUGUCGGGCCCAGCAGCAGCGUCCUUGAGUAUGCCUCCGGUGUCGGGCCCAGCAGCAACGUCCUUGAGUAUGCCUCCGGUGUCGGGCCUAGCAACCACGUCCUUGAGUAUGCCUCCGGUGUCGGGCCCAGCAGCAACGUCCUUGAGUAUGCCUCCGGUGUCGGGUCCAGCAACAACGUCCUUGAGUAUGCCUCCGGUGUCGGGUUCAGCAGUAGCACUGAGUAUGUCAUCGGUGUCGGCGUUCGGCGUGUUGGCUUCGAGGAGGUGCCAGAGGGACCGGUUGGAGAGUCGGACAGCGUGACCAAGCUCCUGGAGGGCCUCGAAAGGGUGAUCUCGGGAAAGGGGUCCAAGAUCCAGGAGGAGGUAGGCCGGGUGUCGAUAGAGGUCCCCAAGUUGCCAGAGAUGAGCGACACGGCCUCAGUGGAUUUCGGAGACUGGUUGCACUGCUUAGAGAAUGCCAUGAGUGACAUCAGUGCAGGCUCAGCUGAAUGGUGGGGGUUAGUCAGGGAGGCAGCCCAAACCUACUACGACAAGUACCAGGCCGCAGACCAGUUUGCCAGGAUUGCCAUGAAGCCGGUGGCCUCAAAGGACCUGAUGGAAUCCAGGUGGACUCGAGUGGACAGGAGGGGGGCAAGCUUGAUCCUCGGCGCAGUCCCGGAGGAGAUCAGGCGUGAACUUGUGGCGACCCGAGCGAGAUCUACCCUGGAAGUUCUGUGCAGGCUGAUGGUGCUUUACCGUCCUGGGUCUGCGACAGAGAAGUCGCAGUUGCUACGUCGACUCGAAGAACCAGGAUCUGCAGGUUCUCCGCAAGAAGCCGUGGAGCUGUUGCGGCACUGGCAUCGUGUGUUUCAGCGAGCGGGUGAUCUGUCGUUGAUUACCCCAGACCCGUCGAUCCUCCUGAAGGCGCUGGAUGGGUUGGUGCGCAAGCCCUUGCAGGAGAACUCAGAGGUGACGUUUCGGAUGCAGCUCCUCAGGUACCACCUCAAGGUCGACAUCACUCCUUCUGCUGAUGGCGUGCUGGCUAUCCACCGUGCGUACCUGGCAGAGUUCGAGCAGCUGGCUAUGCGAAGGGCACCAAAGAAAGGGAACGCACAAACAGGUGAUGGAAGCAGCAACAGCCCGGUUAAUCCCAGGAUGAAAGCAAUCGGUGGAAAGACACCUGAAGCGCAAGGUGGAGUCCGUGAAGGUGUUCCUCAAGGCGGACAACAGAAGCCCUGUAAGUUCUUCCUGACGGACGAGGGGUGCAGGCGGGGGAAAUCGUGUAAGUUCGAGCACAUCAUGGACAAGGAAAAGAGGGAAAGGUGCUGGACAUGCGGGAGCAAGCAGCACACUUCGAAGAACUGUCCUACGAAGGCGAAGACUGACGCGCCAACCUCUUCGAAUACAACAAAGACGGGGGCCGGGUCACCGAAGCGAAGUGAUGGAGCGCAAGAGACUCCAACGAUCCAGAAGGUGAUGGAGGCUGCGGAAACUUUGUCUACGGCGACAACGACGGUACCAACCUCGUCAAGUUCGUCGAGUGUGGCUGCAGAGGACCCUGUGCAAGGAGUGCCCGUGGAUCAGCUUCUGGAGAAUGCGCACCGAAUGAUGAAGGCUUUCAUUGAGGGGCAGCAAAAGGCUCCGACGAUGAAGGCCAUGCAGUGCCCCGAGCGCAACAUGAAGGACAUCCCCUCGUUGAAGAAGGGCCUGGACUGGGAUACUGCCUUAAGGAGUUGUGGGGUACGUGGUGAGGAAGAUGAUGGGAGGAUGGGGCUCUUGGAUUCAGGAGCUACUCAUGCGCUACGCCCGGCAACAUCACAAAGUGAGCUUGACGGCUGCAUCAAGGCGGAGGUGACGCUAGCAGGAGACCAGAGAGUCAAGCUUCCUCAAACCAACAGCGGUGUGAUCCUGGCAGAUGAGGCUCAGCCAAUAGUUCGAGAAUGUGACGCGUUGAGGCUGAUAGCAGAAUUGGAGUCGCAGUCUGUGGAGGCAAGCCUCAAGUCCAUGGUGGAGCUCAAGGCGGCGAUCAUGGCAGCCAAGCAGAAAAGGCCUACGGACUGGAAGGGCUAUCUUCAGGAGUAUGUGCGGUCAGGGGAUAAGGCGGAUGGGCUGAGAGCAGUGUUUGAGGCCCCGUUUAUGCAGCAUGUUCCGGUGGAGGAAAAGGGCAAGAUCGUGGAGAUGAUCCCGGAUUCCCCACAGGCAGCCUGGAAGCUUCUGAAGAAGAUGCCGUUGAACAGAGCGAGACGGAGGCAGUUAUGGAGGGCACCUGAAUGGGUGGUUCACUUGUUCGCUGGCCCAGGGGUCAAGGGAGACCCUAUCAAGCAGGCGGCAUGCGAGACCUUGGAGAUCGACGUCGCUGCGGGUUGGGACUUGUUGGACAAUGAGCUGUACGCCUUCUUGCUAUGGGCAGCGGCGCAGGGCAGGAUCAAGGCAGUUGUCGGGGGGCCUCCGUGUAGGACGUUUUCCCUACUUCGACAUCGUGAACUAGAAAGAAAGGCUGCAAGGAUGCCGAGGCCGGUGAGAUCAGACCAAUUCCUAUGGGGUCUUCCUCACCUAUGUGCAGAAGAUGAGGCGCUGGUCAAGGGCGACAACCUCCUGAUCUUGAGAAUGGUCUGGCUGUGGCUGGUGGCAGAGGCUGGCUGUGGCGAGGACGAUAAGGAGGAGUGGAGAUUUGAUAAGGUCGACUUUGGCAUGGAGCACCCGGAGGACCCAAGGGAAUUCCUUGAUCCUGAGUCAGACCUGUGGGCGAUAUGUCCGUCGAUCUGGAGGACGCACUUCAUGAGGGCGCUGAAGGAAGAGGUGGACCUCGAGAAGUACCAGUUUGAUCAAGGGGCAUAUGGUCAUGAGCAACGGAAACCUUCGGUGUUUUUGGCGAACAUGGACUUGAACCUUCAUGCUAGGGACACACGCCGGGAGGUUCCAAAGCCUACUUCGUCAUCGGCAAUGGCAGCGUGGGCACCGGGUCUGCGGAAAGAGAUUGCGAGGGCACUCUUGCAAAGAAGGCUUCGAGGAAGUGUGGUUCAAGCAAGGGCCAUGUCAGCCAAGGAGACGGCGGAAUGGAGAGAGCAUCUCGAUGCCGGACACUGGCCGUACAGAAGGGACUGCUCGGUGUGCCUGGCAGCGUCGGGGACAGGGAGACCGGCGAGGAAGGUGCUUCACAGGGAUGCCUAUGUACUGAGUCUGGACAUUGCAGGGGCGUUCAGAGACCAGGGAGUGGAUGAGAAGAAGGGACGAAGGUAUCGUUUCGUGCUGGCCGGUACAUAUGUGUACCCGAAGGGAUACUCCGUGCGGAAGGACGAGCCAAUACCUCCAGGUGGCGUUCCAGAAGCAGUCUCUCCAGAUCCAGGUGGCGUUCCAAAAGCAGUCUCUCCAGAUCCAGGUGGCGUUCCAAAAGCAGUCUCUCCAGAUCCAGGUGGCGUUCCAGAAGCAGUCUCUCCAGAUCCAGGUGGCGUUCCAAAAGCAGUCUCUCCAGAUCCAAGUGGCGUUCCAGAAGCAGUCUCUCCAGAUCCAAGUGGCGUUCCAGAAGCAGUCUCUCCAGAUUCAGGUGGUGAUCCCCGAGGCGAAGCUGAGGAGGAGGGAAACGAAUGGUUCGAGACCUACGAAGAGGAAGAGGAAGAAGAACCUGGAGAGCAUGAAGGAGAUGGAGAGAUAAAGGCGCAAGAAGAAAAGUGGAAGAAGCUGGUCGGGGAUUUGAAAAGGCCCAUGGAGUUUCAGACCCUUCGAUUUGCAAUCCCAUUGGAGAAGCACCGCGGGAAGGAGAUCCUAGAGGCAGUCCAGGACAUCUAUGUCACGCUGAAGGCGAGUGGCAUGCCGUUGUCCCGAAUCCACUCGGACAGGGCCAAGGAGUUCCGUACCAAGCCAUUACAAAAGUGGUGUCGGGAGAGGGACAUCUUCCAGACAUUCACGGAAGGUUGUGCGCCUUCCCAGAACGCGGUCGCUGAAGGAGGAGUGAAAUGGUUGAAAGCUAAGGCACGCCUUUUGUUGAGCGCCAAGAACGUGGAGAAGAAGUACUGGCCAUGUGCGAUGAAGGAGGCGUGUGAUGCGCAUAACAGGAGAAUGCUGGCAAGGCCCGCGAAGAAGGUGCGCUUUGGUUCCGAGGUGUGGAUCAAGUCGAAGAAGGACCAUGGACCUUUCGACCUCAGGACAUGUGGUCUUGCUACAGGAUGGGACUUGGCUGAGGACUUUGCAUAUCCGCCUGAGUACAUUGAGGAGAUGCCUCCUGAGUAUGCCGUGGACUUAGUGGAACCCGGGAGAAGAGUUCGGGGGAAGACCACCUUGCGGGACCCAGAAGUUCGGGAGCUGAAGGUUCAUCAAGAUGAAAGGAGAAGGCAACUGGUGGAGACAUUGAUGGCUUCUACAAUCUGGUCUAGCAAGGAGGCGAUUGCUAAGCGACCACAGCUUCGAGAGAGCUCAAUGACAUCGGACGAUGUGGCGUACCUGACGCUUGGCGCAUACCAACAUGGCGGCAUCGUGAAUGUCACCAACGCGACAACGAAGUAUGAGAAGGAGGUGGAAGCGGCUUGUGAACUGCUACGCCAUGACUUCCCGGGAGAAGGCUUCACGUCGAUCGUCCUGGUAAAGAAUGCCGUUAUGCCAAUCCACAGGGAUAGCUACAACAAAAAGGAGUCGAGCAAUUUGGUGUCCCCGUUGGCGGUGACAAAAGGAAGUGGGGUCUGGCAGGAGCUGAAGGUGGGGGACGAGUUCAAGGGCGAGUACCAGACACGAUGCGUCAACGGAAAGGAAGUGCCUGGGCAAGUGAUAGAAUUCACGAGGCCUGUGAAGGUGAACCCAUCGAGGCUACAUGAGCCAGUCCUUGGAGAAAGUGGUCCUCGGAUGUUGGUGGUUGGCUUCACGAUUGCGGGAGCGCACAAGCUGGAUGUCGACAAGGUGGAAUACUUGAAGAGCUUGGGAUGUUGGAGCUUGGAGCCGUCAACGAGCAAUGGGGAGGAUGCUACUCAACGUGAGGGCCAUGGCAAAGAAUGUGGUGGGAGAAGAGAGGAUGUGUUGAUGAUCCCCGGGGGAAAGGUGAGCUUGAGCACGAGUUGGUCGAUGCGAUACCAGCCUGAGGAGGAGAACGUCAAGGAAGAGAUCCUAUCCCCGAUGCCUACAUUGCCUAUGAAUAAGGAGGAGAAGAGGUAUUGGGAAGAAAGGGCUAUGGCGUUAAAGGCGUUCAUCAUCCAUGAAGCUGCUUGCGCGGAUCAAAGAGAAGAAGGAGGCGAGGGCAUUGACGUGGAGAUGAAUGAAAGGUUGGUUGACGCAGAGGAGGAGUUAGACUUCGUCCAGGAGAUCUUGUCCAAUGACGUGUGCGAGCGGGAAGAGAAGUCCCUCAAGGAGAUAAGGGAAAGGGGAGUUCGCCUUGCAAAGGUGGCGGCGGAUGCUACCACGGAGAACGUGGAGGACAUCCUGAGAAACCUGAAGGAGCCCCUCACCGUGACGCACACAGUAGCACUUCCAGAGGUGAAGACACAUUUACCCGUGUGGGUGCCAAGCAUAUCCAAGGAGGUCGGCCACUUGACGGGCAAUGGCACCCUGGUCCCGAUUCCCCUCUCUGAUGCGAAGCGGCUACAAGACCAAGGAGAAAUAACAUUGGUCCCGGCCAAGACGGUGCACACAGUGAAGCCUCCUGAUGCCGCUGCGGUGCCGCUCGUGCAAGAUGGUGGAGAUGAGGAAAGGAGGACGCCUGACAAAGAGGUAAGUGCCGAGAACAGCAUGUACAAGAGAAAGACGAGACUGGUCAUCUGCGGCAACUACAUCAAGGGUGACACCGAGGUGUUCACGUCUGCCGCCAGCGCAGAGAGCCUACGCUGUGGUCUGGCGUUUGCGGCCCAAAGGAAAUGGAGCGCGGCAGUUACGGACAUCAAUUCGGCAUUUACUCUGACGCCGAUGUCAGAGUCCAGUGUGCGAUAUGCCAUCACAGUCCCCAAGGUUGUGGUGGAUGCGGGGUGUGCUCCUCCAAACACUGCCUACCUGGUCGAAAGGCUUCUGUACGGCUUGAAGGAAGCGCCGCGAUUGUGGGGGAAUUUUCGCGAUCGACGCAUCAAGAAGGCAAGGGUUCGCGUGGGAGAAAGGGAGUGUAAGUUUGCCCAGAUGGACACGGACCCCGCGGUGUGGAGGUUGGUGCCCGUAGAUGAUGAAACGGAAACAUUGGCAAUGAUGAUCGUCUACGUGGAUGACGUGAUGUUCCUGGGCAAGAAUGAUGAAAUCAAGAGCAUGUAUGCCUGGCUCACCCAAGGAGAAGGUGAUGGUGAAGGAUGGAAAUGCUCGGAGUUGGAAUGGGUAGGCCAAAGGCCUGUCCGUUACCUCGGAAUGGAGGUGCGAAGCCGCUGCUGUGGAGAUGAGGUCCACUACCACAUCAGCCAGGGUGGGUACAUCGCAGACCUGGUUCGAGAGUAUGGGAUGGAGUCCGAAAAACCCUCGAAGGUGCCGGCGACGAAAGAACUCAUCCCGCAGUGGGAAGAAGAUGAGGAAGAAGAGUGUGGCGUGGAUCAAGAGGGUAUUCGAGCAGCCCAAACAGCCGCUGGAGAAUUGCUAUGGCUGGCCACGCGUACCAGGCCAGACAUCAGCUUUGCCACGAGCUAUGUGUGUGGGAUGGCGACCCGCAAACCAGAAGCUGCGGUGCGGUUGGCGCACCAGGUGCGUCGUUACCUCCUCGACACCCCGGAGAUUGGCUUGGUCUAUCGUGGGUCGCAGCAGGCGGUGGAGACUUUCUCGGAUGCAAGUUUCGCCCCGGGAAGCGGAAAAUCCUUUGGCUGCAGCGCCGUAUCGCUCUUCGGAGGCUUCGUAGCGUGGAGAAUGACAAAACAAGCUCUGAUAACGCUGUCUACGGCGGAGUCAGAGUUGUAUGAGCUGAUUGCCGCGCACCAGCUAGGCCUGGGCAUCCAGGCGUGGGCCACGGAGGUGCAGAGCGAUGUGGGCCAGGCCAUCAAGGUCGACAACACUGCUGCUCUGGGACUUGCAAGUACCGCACCGGGUACUUGGAAGACUCGUCACCUCCGGGUGAGGGCGAGGUACCUUCGCCAAGAGGUGCUCGCUCAGCGGAUAUCCCUACAUCACGAACCUGGAGAAGGGCAACCAGCAGAUUUGGGGACCAAGCCAGUUCCAGCUGCCAGACUACUUGUACUCCGGCGCCUUUGGGGCAUGGUUUCGGCAGAUGAGUUCGCCAAGGAGCACGAUGUCAGUGAAAGCCGACCAGCGAAUGCGGUGUCAAAGCUUGAGGCAGUGAAGAUCAUGGCGAUGAUGUUGGCAAUGACAAUGGUGAAGGGAGCGGACGCCGAGAAGGAGUUCAAGAAGCCGGUGGAGUUGGAUGGAAGUUUGGAGUUCUACGUCUGUGUGGUAGUCGGCGGCGUGGCUUUGCUUGGAGUAUGGGAAUUCCUGAAGGGCCUGGCUACGUGGAUGUGGGGAGAUCGUGAAGAAGCACGCGCAAAAAGGGCCAGAAGACUAGCAAAGAUAAGGGAUCAAGCAGCUCGAGCCCUACAGCGUGAACUGGCGAGUGCGGAGGAGGAGGAAAUGCAGUCAGAGGGUGUGUCAUCAGCCCCGGCUUGCCCGCCAGCAGCGAGGCAGCAGGCGUCCUCGUCGUCUACAUCACUGGUGCCAGAACAUCAGGAAGAAAACAGUAUAACAACGGCCCGUGCAGCAAAAGAGAAGCUGACUUUCCGAGGUUUGUCGGCGGCGCUCUAUGUUGCGGAGCAUGGAGAUCGAGUUCACGUUCGGCAAGAGUGUUAUGGCUUGAGGCAUGCGAACAAGGAGAGACUUCGGAAGUUGCGAUAUUGUACAUGUUGUGCAGAGGGAUACCCCCUGUACUAUCGCCUCCCUUUUGGAGAUCCUCCCCUUGAAGAACCGGGCCAAGAAGCGCAUCGAAGAUGA